UUAAGAAAUCAACUAUCAAUUAUUUUCAAAUUUAAUAAAACACAACAUCAUGAACCAUGGCAUCAAGUCAACAGAAUAAAAACAAGAAGCCAAGUCCUGAGGCUAUAGCUGACGAUGAACGUCAAUAUGCAUAUAGCACCAUUAGUAAAGAAGAGCUUAACGACAAGUAAGUCAAAUCAAUCGGAAAUCAUUCCAAUUAUCAUCAAAUCUAAUCAAAAUGACAGACAUCCAGAUCGUCCUCGUAAUCAUGGAGAAACAUUACCAUUCCACGAAUUAUUUCAAUCUCUCUUCGAUCCUCUUGAAGCCAACAAGAAUAAAAAGCCAGGUCCAGCCGCCGCGCGAAAGAAGUUAGGACCACAUGGACCUAAUAAUCUUUCUCCUAAUGAGAUACGAAAGAACAUCAUCGUCCGAUUCAUGUCGAGAUGGCGCAGCGAAGUGGGCGAUGAUUUCUAUCCCGCGUUACGACUUAUCAUACCCGAAAAAGAUCGCGAUCGAGCUAUGUACGGACUGAAGGAAGCUUCGGUCGGAAGACUCAUUAUCAAGCUUCUGAAUCUGUCUAAGGAUUCGGAUGAUGGAUAUAAUCUUAUUAACUGGAAACUUCCUGCACGAGGUCCUCCGAGUGCUAAUUCGGGGGAUUUUCCUGGUAGGUGUUAUGAGGUUUUGUCGAAAAGACCCAUGCGACAGAAGGUUGGAGAUAUGACUAUUGGGGAGGUUAAUGAGAUGCUUGACAAACUUGCUUUGGCGCAAAAAGAAGAAAAUCAAUUGCCUAUCUUUCGAGAAUUUUAUCAGAGGAUGAAUGCGGAGGAAUUAGUAUGGUUGAUUCGAAUGAUUCUUCGACAGAUGAAAAUUGGUGCUUCAGAAAAGACUUUUCUUAAUGUAAGUUGCUGUCAAAUCUUUCUGAUAAUUUACUAAUUCAUUGCUAUAGCUCUGGCAUCCAGAUGGAGAGGCGCUUUUUAAUGUUUCUUCUAGUCUGCGUCGAGUCUGUUGGGAACUCACGGAUCCCAAUGUCACCUUGGAAGCUGAUGAGACGGGCGUGGAAUUGAUGUCAUGUUUCCAACCUCAACUCGCACAAUUCAUGUCAAAUUCAUUCGAGAAAAUGGUUGAAAAAAUGUGUGCUCAAAAUCCCCAUGAUAAGGGCAAUAAUUCAGAAUUUUGGAUUGAGGAGAAAUUGGACGGCGAAAGAAUCCAAAUGCACAUGGAAGAGAAUGAUGAUAUUCCAGGAGGUCGCCGUUUUAUCUGGUGGUCUCGAAAGGGUAAAGAUUAUACAUAUCUCUACGGGAAUGGUUUUGAGGACGACAAUUCAGCACUGACAAGACACAUGAAGAACGCCUUCGAUCCAAGAGUAAGUAGUAUUAUAUUGGACGGCGAGAUGAUCACAUGGGAUCCUGUUACGAAUAAGAUGGUGGCAUUUGGCACUCUGAAAACUGCCGCAAUAUCAGGAGGAAAGGAUCCAUUCUCUGCUACAGCGGCCAGGCCCGUCUUCAAAGUCUUCGACUGCUUGUAUGUUAACGGAAAAAAUAUCACAAAAUAUACCUUGAAAGAUAGGCGCAAUGUAUUGGAGUCAUCCGUUCAAAAUGUCGAGGGACGUAUCGAAAAGCAUAAUUUUACACCCGCCAAAUCAUCUUCUGAAAUCGAUCCUCUCCUGCGAAAAAUCGUUGCUGAAGGGUCCGAAGGAUUGGUGUUAAAGAAUCCACUAUCGAUGUAUAGGCUCAACAGCCGAAACGAUGACUGGAUGAAGGUGAAACCUGAAUAUAUGACUGGAUUUGGAGAGUCCUUGGACUGUAUAAUAAUUGGUGGCUAUUAUGGAUCAGGUUACCGAGGAGGAAAUCUAGCAUCAUUCUUAUGCGGUUUGCGUGUUGAUGACAAACAGAUCAGAGCAGGUAGGAUGCUUCCCUCUCCUCUCAAACAACAAACACAUACUAACCACAAGAUAGGAGCAAACCCCAUGAAAUGCUUCUCAUUCUUCAAAGUAGGUGGCGGAUUCAACGCAGAUGACUAUGCCGCCAUCCGCCAUCAAACCGAUGGAAAAUGGAUAAAAUGGGACGCCAAAUCCCCACCAACAGAAUUUAUAGAAUUAGCAGGCACACAUCAAGAAAAAGAACGACCAGAUGUUUGGAUAAAACCAAAUGAUUCCAUCGUCAUAGAAGUCAAAGCUGCAUCAGUUAGCAUAUCAGAUUCCUUCCGCACCAAUUUCACACUUCGCUUUCCGCGCUUCAAACGUUUGCGUCCGGAUAAAGAUUGGAAGAGCGCUCUUUCAAUCGAGGGAUUCAUGGAAUUAAAAGCGAAGGUUGAGGAGGGGAAAGAUGAUGAAUUUAGAGUUGAUAAGAAGAAGAAACCUUCUAAGAGGUUGAAGAGAGAGAAAAUUAUCGCGGGUACCGAAGAAGAUGGCAAAGUAUUGUAUGAGGGACCCAACACGGGCGUGUUUGAAGGCAUGGACUUUUGCAUCUUGAGCGAUAUGAUUCUACCAGUCAAGAAAAGCAAGGCGGAAAUAGAAACGAUUAUCAAGAAUAACGGCGGUCGAAUCUAUCAAUCACCUAGCGCGAAAGAAGAUAUCAUCGUCGUUGCCGACAAACGCGUCGUCAAAGUCGCAUCGCUAAUCAAGAGCGGGAAAACAAAUAUCGUGAAACCACAAUGGGUAUUACAUGCAGUUGCGCAGAUGGAAACAGAUGCGACAUUGGGAAGAUCCAGAUUCGUCAUCCCGUAUGAGACGGGUCAUAUGCUUUUUACGAGGGAAGAGGAUAAGGAGAGUAUUGCGGCAAAUUCAGAUCAAUAUGGAGAUCCUUAUUGUCGGGAUGUGGGGCCGGAGGAGUUAAGGGGGAUUAUGGAUGGAAUGGGUAGGGUUGAGGGGAGCACGCAAUUUGAUGCGGCCAAGUUUAUGACGCUAUUAGCGGAAAAGGAUAAGGGGUUUGGGAAUCUGAAAGGAUGGACGUUUAGAGGAUGUCGAGGGAUUUUGGUAACAGAUGGCGAAGAAGCGGAUCUUAACAUUGAUAUCAGGAUCGCGAUGAAUCACUUCGAAUUCGCGUGCGGUGCGGUGUUGCGCGGAGAAGAUGUAGAGACACACGUUCAGAAGGAAGAUGUUACGCAUAUAAUCUUUGCAGAAGUUUCGCCGGAGAAGAUUCGGGAAACCAAAAGGGAAUUGGGCGGGAGCACAUCGCAUCUCGUGAGCUGGAAAUGGAUCCGAGAUUCUUGGGAUGCGGGGACGAGGCUGGAUGAAAAUGGUUAUUUAAUGGAAUUAUGAUAAUGUGCCUUUAGGCGGUUGAAUGGACUUGGGAUUGGAGUUUGACGGCUCGGUUUAUAUCUGGAGUCGCGGAAGUCCUGGAGUUACACUAGAUUAAUUAUCUCAAAAUUGAUGAUUUCCCUCGGAUAUG